UUGUCUUCUUUUGUUGAGCUGUCAAAGUCUACUUCAACUGGCACUUUCGUUUGCUGCAUUUGAACCGGUGUAGUAAUCCGCGAAAAACGAUGUCCGAACUCGAGAAACUGGAGGAAGCCCUGGGCCAUCUUAUCGAGUGUGCCAAAGACGCUGAUGGUGUGGUGUACGAUGAAGAAUCCUCGACCACCGAUCCAUCCAACGUGCCGGAAAAGUCGACCAGGGUGAAGGUGCUAACACAGGCCACCGAGAAGCUGACCGAGUCGUUGGCCAUUUUGCAUGAGUUCGAAAUGCUGAUGCACGAUAAAAUAUCAUCCCUGUACGUCAUCUCCAACGAACUGGUGCUCAACUCGUUGCUCCUGCAGGAACAGAAGGGCGAGCUGAAAGAGCUCGGAAAAAAGCUGAAAGACAUCGCGGGGAAAUGGUACCUGGCCGCGGAACCUAUUGCUAACACGAUGGAAACUCUCUAAACCAUGCAGUAAAUACAUAAUUCAACUUCG